AAAAUUUCUUAAGUCAAAAUGACCCUUCGUAGUAUCGCAAUUUUAUUUUUCUUUAUCCGCAGUGGAUUUGCCGAAACAAUUUUUUGCUGGACGAGCAAUGAUUGUAGCAAUAUAUUACAUGAAUGUGAUUUAUUUCAAUGCAGGAUCGCCAGUUGGAAGGUAUUCGUACUCGCUGCUGUGAUUUUCAUCAUAUUUAGUGUAUCGUGUUUUAUCUUCAACACGUGUUCAAAUAGAAAUGUACUUAACAAUCGACUUGCUCCACCGCAAACAUACUCACCGAAUGCAAAUAAUUGGCCUCAAGUACAUCCAACGAAUGCAACCAACUGGCUGCAAGCAGAUCCACCUAAUGCAACCAAUUGGACGCAAACAUAUUCGUCGAAUACAACCGACUUGCCAGAAACGCACUCACCGUAUACAACUAAUUGGCCGCAAACGGCACAAACAGCAAAUCCACCAACAGGGGUCACCCAUCAUCGAGGAUGUUGCAAGUGCCAAUAAA